AUGCCUAUUGGUGAAGUUAUUGUAGGGGCUGCACUUGAAAUUACUCUGCAAGUGCUUCAUGAAGCUAUCAGAAAAGCAAAAGAUAGAUCUUCAACCAAAAAAUGUAUCUUGGACCGCCUCGAUGCUACAAUCUCCAGGAUCACUCCGUUGGUGGUUCAUGUCGAUAAGAUCAGCAAAAGAGUAGAAGAUUCUGAGAGGAAAGUCAUUGAAGAACUCAAGCGUCUUCUUGAAAAGGCUGUUUCUCUUGUUGAGGCUUAUGCAGAACUCAGACGCAGAAACCUACACAAGAAGCAUAGGUUUGUAUAG